CGGUUUUUUACGGGCGAGCACAGCCACAGAGGUGAAAUUAAGCAUAUUUCAGCAGGGCCCUGGUUGAGAGAGUAAAGUGGUAGGCCAACUAGCUAGUCUUCUGUAACAGAAUGUGCUCAUGUACACCCACCAGCAGCUCUGUCUCCCAUCAGCUGUGUGUGCAUGAGGAUGUUACUUCGGAGGCAGAAUAGAUAUGAUGUAAUCUAAAGCCUCAGUCCCGACAGGAGAGAGAGAGAGAGAGAGAGAGAGACAGCCAAAGCCAGAGCUGGGUAACAACCGCACGGUACGGAUGGAUCUCGGCUGUUUUUGCACUUUCUAAAAUACAUUUGAAAAGCCUUCGUCGGAGCCGAUGGAGUAAACGGUCCCGUGUUGUUGUGGAAGUCAUGCCGCGGAGGUUCGUCCUCUCCCGACGAAGAGGAUGCUGGAUGCGGACCAGCCAGCAGUAGAAGCAGCACCGGCCGCGGAUGCUGUUGGUGAGCAUGACUCCCCCUCUCCAUCAGCUCCAUUAACCACCAUGGCUCAGGAGUCCUCUUCCACAGCUGCUCCAACAUCCUCCUCCGUGUGAAAAUGCUCCGCUCUCCGCCUCCAUCGUCGACAUCGGUCCGCGCUAGCUGUCGCCUUUUCCCCCGUGAUGACAGGCGGGCGCCCGCUUCAGAUUUCAACACUUGUAGGCCAUUUAUGUCCGCCGAAGAUCAUAUUAUCACCGCGUCUGAUAUGACAUUUUGAGCUUUUGUGAUUUUUUUAAAUUUUUAUUUCGCAAAUACCCCUUUUAGCAGCAUUGAUUUCCACUUUCAACAGAUAGCUUAUUUUUGGAGUCGGAAGAUGGGCCGCGUCCACUGCUGCACCUCGAUUGGCCCUGAUCGGAGUUUCACGCUUUCCUGACUUUACAAGCCACAAUGCAUUUGUGACUAAGCUUCAGUUGUCUUGUUUCCUUUUGGGACAUUUUCCUGGCUUUACUCGCCUUUCCCGCCACCCUGCAGAGCCCCAUGCAGUAUAGUUGCCCUGCGGGGGAAUGAGCAGCCUCCAUCCCUCCAGCAGACGCCCGCCCGCUGCUCCUGCUGUCCGCCGUGUGGCCCUGCUGUGACUUGACAGGGCUGUGGAGGUCCUGACAACUAGAAAACGUGAAAGGUGGGGACGGUUUGCCUUUCCAGCUCAGGUUUAAACCAUGGCCAAUGAACCUGUCAUCCUUAACGUGUAUGAUAUGUACUGGAUAAACGAAUACACUUCCAAUCUGGGUAUUGGAGUCUUCCACUCAGGCAUCGAGAUUUAUGGCAGAGAAUUUGCAUACGGGGGUCAUCCAUACCCUUUCAGUGGCAUCUUUGAGAUCAAUCCCGGGAACGCCACUGAAUUGGGAGAGACAUUCAAAUUCAAGGAGGCCAUUGUUUUGGGCACCACAGACUUCACAGAGGAGGACAUAGAUAAAAUCAUGGAGGAGCUCGGUAAAGAAUUCAAAGGCAACGCCUACCAUCUAAUGCACAAAAACUGCAACCACUUCUCCUCCUCGCUGUCUGAGUUGCUGUGUGGACGAGAAAUCCCUCGCUGGGUCAACAGACUGGCGUACUUCAGCUCCUGUAUCCCCUUCCUGCAGAGCUGCCUACCCAAGGAGUGGUUAACCCCGGCCGCCCUGCAGAGCCACAUCAGCCUCGGCCUCCACAAAGAGGAGCAUAACGAGUCCAGCGACGAGGACCCUUCGUCGCCGCCCGGAGCGGCUGCCAGCGGCUCCUCCCACAGCUGUUACCACACGAGGGUGUGAACCGCCCGACAUACAGUACACUGACAUCUGGACCUCCCUGCCACCUCUGCCAGUGGCUCAAGUGGAAUUAGUAGGCUUGAACCACCAGCUGACCUCAUACUGUUUGCCCUCUGAGUAAAGAGGAAGGAAAAGCAGCUGCUGCCAGAGGACUUCAGACCUACAGAGACCCUGCGGGUCCUUUCUGCAGACGACAAGAUGACAAACCUUUGACCUGAGCACUGAAGCGUGGCUCAGACUCACACAACAAACCAUUUGUAGAUCUGAAGUUUGCAGUACAUUAUUCUAAGUCUUUUCCAUGAACUUUGAAACCUUUGUCAGCCUUGUUCCCUGCCCUACCUUCAGAGCUGCUUUUGUAGAACAACUAGAUAGACAGCUGAGGCUACUUAUAGGGACAUUACCAGGAAAGUGCUAAUCUGCUCAAUUUCAACAAGUUCUCGUUCAAUAACCUCGAUGUGGCCUUCAGUUGAUAUCGUUGACUCUGCUUUUAUUGUAUGGAACUUAAGUAGUUGACUUUGGCCAUUUUAGAGGGUUUAAAGAGGAUUUGAUUGUUCCUCGAAGUUCAGUCUGAACUCGUAAAAAUGUUGCAUGUUGAAAGAAUUUGACAAAACGUCCAACUGAUCUGAGACGCCACACUUCUGAUCAUAUCAUCAAGUAUUUCUUCUCCUUUUUUCUUUUGUAAAAAAAACAACAAAUGAUUCAACCUGGGACUUGUUUUAAACAGCGAACUGGCAGUUAGCUGCCAGUUUAACCAGUUCAUAGUGUAAACAAUCAAGGGCAAAUACUGUUCAGUUUAAAUAGUCGCUGUUCAUACAGCCUCGGGUAGCCCAGUCACUAUCUGGGAACUUCUCAGAGACACAAACACAAAGAAAGUCAAGCUGCUACACUGACAAUUAUUGACUUUUUAACCCAGUAAAAUGUUUGUCUACGGUUUUAUAUCCAUAUGGUCUUUAUAUUAUAAUGGUGUGAUAACUUCCAGGCUAGGAAAUGUACAUUUACGCCUGGAGAAUGUUCCUCUAUGGUACUCGUUUUAUCACCUUUUUCACCAUUAAACCAAUAAAAACUGAGCAGUGAUGAGAAAGAAUAGCAGAAAAUCAGUAUUAUACUUUAAAAUACAGUAAUCCUUAAAGUAAUGGGUUCUACAUGUUAGGAAAUAUACUUAUUUGCUUUCUUGCCGAAAGUUAGAUGAGAAGAUCAAUACCAUUUUUAUGUCUGUAUGGAAAAUAUAAAGCUACAGCCAGCAGCUGAUUGGCUUAGCUUAGCAUAAAGACUGUAAACAGGGGGAAACAGUGAGUCUGGCUCUGUCCAAAGAUAAGAAAAUCCACCUACUAGCACAGUGAAAGCUCACCAUUUAACACGUUACGUCUUGUAUGUUUAACCAAAAAAAAAAAAAAGGUGUAAAAACGAUUUUAUACAAUUUCACAGAUGCCCCCACCCACCUAUUUCCAUUCUUUAUGCUAAGCUAAGCUAACCAACUGCUACCUGAAGCUUCAAAUUUAUCCCACAGACAUGAGAUGGGUAGCAAACUUCUCAUCUAACUCUCAGCAAGAAAGCAAGUGUAUUUCCCAAAAAAGCUAACUGUUCCUUCAAGACUAUAUUUUUAAUUUAUUUUAACUGUGAACUGAACUUUGACACGUUUACAGAUACAAAGCAUUUUAUUGAUAGUAAGCAAUCCAUUUUAAGGAGUUACUCAUACAUCUGAAUUUUGCUGCGGUGAGAAGUUCAGAUACUCAUAAAGGGAAAACAUGAUGUCAUAAAGUUAUUUGUCGUAAUUGUGGUUUUAGCAUACAUGCAGGUAAACAACCCCACUAAUGACUAUUCCCCCUUUAAUGUUGAUAAUGGUGGUGAUUGCAAUGAUGAUAAUGAUGUUUAAAAAAAAAAAAUGCAUAUUAAGUUCAUUGAACCAGGCCAGAUGGGAUCUUAAUGUUGUCCCAUCCCUCCUACUGCUACUGUAGUGGGUUCAUGGACAGCUAGCCUUUCUCAGGAAGGAAAUCACAUAACUCGUAAUAGUGACAGUCAUCUCAUUCCUGCUGAACACCUUGUUAAGUGGGGUAGGGAAAGUGCAAAUUGAUGAUUAGACUUCUUCAUGUUACUAAAUAAGCUAUAUUGUUAUUUACUUUUGAUGUAGUCUUACAUUUCACCAAGUGUAAUGUGUUCAGUUUUUUGGGGGUAUAUUUUGAGUUUGCAGGAGCUGUACAGUCAUUAGUAACCCGUGCUCAAAAGUCUUUGGCACUUUCUACAUAGCAGACCAGACAGGUAUUUUGUUUCUAUCGCUCUGUAUCAACCAUAACCUUUUAUUUCCUUUUCCUAACCCAAGACAAUUUCAAGAAUGAUGAUAUAGAAUAAAGAGACAGAAUAACAAA